AUGGAUAAAUCGAGUGGUUUAGAGUUUCUCCCAGCAGAAGCGUACCUACGUGGCGUUGAACCACUUAUGCAAAACUUUCAUAGUGAGACUCGGCGGUUUGAUGAUACCAUAGUUGCUGCUAUUCGUCGACAGGAGCUCUCUCAUAAGCUUCACAGUGAGAUUCGUAGGGUUGAUGCUACUAUACUAGCUGCUAUUCGUCAACAGCGUUACUCUGGAAGUAAAGCUAAAGAUGAUCUUGCUGGUGCGACACGUUCUGCGGAGGAACUCUCUCAUACUGUUCAAGAGAUAAAAUCCAAAGCUGAUAAAGUUAAAGCAAUGGUCCAAGAAACAUGCUGUGACAUUAACAAGUUAGAUUUUGCUAUAAAGAACAUAACCAUGGUGAUCACUCCGCUUCAGCGUCUCACAGUGGUAGUCUCUGCGGUUGCACAGCUUCAGGUGAUGGCAUCAGAAAGGCAAUACAAGAAGGCAGCUUCACUGCUCGAGGCUGUGAACCAAUUAUGUAAUCAUAUUGAAGCAAAUAUGGACCUUCCUAACAUCAAGGAGGUCAGAGAAAAGAUCAAGAACAUAAAGCAAUUUCUCAAGUCUCAAGUAUUUUAUGAUUUUUCCAGUCUAGGUACUGUGGCAAAGGCAGAGGAAACAAAUUUGCUUGAGAUGUUAUCUGAUUCUUGUUUGGUUGUUGAUGCUCUGGACCCAUCUGUGAGGGAAGAGUUGGAACUGGAAAGGACGCUAAAGUUUGAAAAGGAACUUGAGAAUAAACUUGGUAAAGGGGAACAUAAUCGCCAUAAUGUAUCGGAAAUUCGAAUGGAGCAUGUAGAGAAGUCUGCUUCUAAUCAAGAAUCUAAGGAAAAUAUUAACUUCCGUGGAAUUAUUUCUUCUUGCUUCGAGCCUUAUUUAACCCCUUAUAUUGAGGGGGAAGAGAAUGAACUUAUGCGUUGCCUGGAGAAUUUUGUUCAGGUCUUUCAACGAGUGCUAAAAGCCUAUGCUGCUAAGCUAAUUUUUAAGCUCUCAAAAGAAGGAACUCGUAAACAGAUCAUAAAGGUCUCAGAGAUAGAUGAAAAGGUGAUAUGUUACAUAGUUAGGUCUGCUGAGUUUUGCCACAAAACAUCUGGUGACCUGGCAGAAGAAGUCUCAACAAUUAUUGACCCCCAUUAUGCUGAGAGUGUAGACAUGUCUGAGGUCCAGGAUGAUUUUUCCUCCGUCAUAACGAAAGGAUUGUUGACACUAGUCCGUAGAAUGGAAACUAAAUUUGACACAGAGAUGGCAGCGACAAAACUUGUUCCCUGGGGCACACCUGAGAGUGUGGGUGACCAUUCUAACUAUGUGAAUGGAAUAAAUACAAUUCUUAACAAGAGCAUUCCUGUUGUCGGCGAAAUUCUGUCACCAGUCUACUUUCAAUUCUUCAUGGAAAAGUUGGCAUCAUCCCUUGGACUACGGUUCUAUGCUAAUAUAUUCAGAUGCAGGCAGAUAUCAGAAACUAGUGCUCAGCAGAUGUUGCUUGAUACGCAAGCCAUGGAGAUGAUUCUUCUAAACGUUCCAUUUCUUGACAAACAGAGUGCAAGUGGUGCUAGCUAUUCCGAAUUCGUGAAACAUCAAAUGAACAGAGCUGUUGCGGUCCUAAAGGUCCUACUCUCCCCAAUCGAUUCAGUGGCAGACACUUAUAGUAAACUGUUUCCAAAUGGAACAGCCAUGGAUCUUGAAGGCAUCUUGGAACUCAAGGGUCUUAAGAAAGCUGAUGAGCAGAGUAUAGCUGAUGAUGGCCCAAAAACCACACAGCCUUCGGUUGCAGCCAUUGAGUUCAUAGCAAACAGGGAGGAUGUGUUAGCCAGAGCUGCAACCAGUGGCUAUAUAAAGUUCAUUGACCGUCCCUUGAGAAAACUCUUUAAAGCAUGA